AUGCUCCUGGACGUACAGCGCAAGCAGUUCAACCGGUCUGACCGCGUCAAGGGUGUCGACUUCCACCCGACCGAGCCCUGGCUGCUUGCUGGCCUAUAUAAUGGGACCGUGAACAUCUACAACCACGAGACGGGCGCGCUCGUGAAGUCUUUCGAAGUAUCGGAAGUUCCCGUGCGCUGUUGCCGCUUCAUCGCGCGCAAGAAUUGGUUUGUCGCCGGCUCGGAUGACUUCCAGUUGCGGGUCUUCAACUACAACACGCAUGAGAAGGUCACCGCGUUCGAGGCUCAUCCGGAUUAUAUUCGAUGCCUCACAGUACAUCCAAACGCGAGCAUUGUCUUGACUGGUAGCGAUGACAUGACAAUCAAGGCCUGGGACUGGGACAAGAACUGGCGAUGCCUUCAGCAAUAUGAGGGCCACACGCAUUAUAUCAUGAACAUCGCCGUUAACCCGAAAGACACAAACACCUUUGCAUCUUCGUGUCUUGAUCGUACCGUCAAGAUGUGGUCCCUCGGGUCCUCUACCCCCAACUUCACCAUGGACGCGCACGAGAAGGGCACCAACUACGUCGAGUUCUACCCUGGCGCCGACAAGCCAUACCUCGUCACUACUGGCGAUGAUAAGACCGUCAAGGUCUGGGACUAUCUCUCCAAGAGCUGCGUGCAGACGAUGGAGAGCCAUACCAACAACGUCUCCUUCGCCGUAUUUCACCCCAACCUCCCGCUGAUCAUCAGUGGAAGCGAGGAUGGAACCGUCAAGCUCUGGAACAGUGGUACUUACCGACUCGAGAACACGCUCAGCUACGGCUUGGAGCGAGCCUGGUGUGUGUCGGUCCGCAAGGAUGCGAAUGAGAUCGCGGUCGGUUACGAUGAGGGUUCGGUUGUGGUUAAGCUUGGCCGAGAUGAGCCUACGUUUUCGAUGGACCCUUCCGGCAAGCUCAUCUACACGCGCAACACUGAAGUCUUGUCCGCCAACCUCGCCACCGUCACGGACGAUCAGUUCACCGAAGGCGCUCGUAUCCCGUUGUCUACCAAGGAACUCGGUACUAGCGAGACGUUCGCGACAUCGCUCAUGCACUCUCCGAACGGCCGCUUCGUAACCGUCGUAGGUGAUGGCGAAUACAUCAUCUACACUGCUCUCGCCUGGCGCAACAAAGCAUUCGGCUCGGGGAGCUCGUUCGCAUGGGCGGGCGACUCAAAUACGUAUGCUGUGCUCGAGGGAAAACUCAAGGUUCGCAUGUACAAGAACUUCCGGGAACGAUCCGGCGCCGGCAUGAAAGGUGCCGGUUCUUGGGCUAUCGAGAGCCUCCAUGGCGGUGUGCUCCUCGGGGCGCGGGGUCCUGGAUUUGUGGUGUUUUGGGACUGGGAGACGGGAGAAGUCGUGCGCCGCAUUGACGUCGAUUCCAAGAAUGUCUAUUGGUCAAGCACUGGCAGCCUCGUGGCGAUCACGUCAGACGAUUCGUUUUACAUCUUGCGCUUCGAUCGGGAUGCGUACGACGCGAAGUUGCAGGAGGGUGCUGACCUCGGAGACGAGGGCGUUGAGGAGGCAUUCGACAUUGUCGCGGAGAUCAACGAGAAUGUCAAGACAGCCAAAUGGAUCGGCGACUGCUUCUUGUACACUACAGCCGCCAACCGCCUCAGCUACUUCGUCGGCUCAGAGUCGUACUUAAUUGCCAAUUUCGACAAGCCCAUGUCAUUGCUCGGCUAUCUCCCCGCUCAAAAUCGUGUCUACGUCUCAGACAAGGACAUGUUCGUGUACGGUUACACGUUGGCGCUCAGUGUCAUCGAGUACCAGACGGCUGUUCUGCGCGGAGAUAUGGAUGCUGCCGCAGAGAUCUUGGAAACUGUACCAAAGGACCAACUGGGCAAGGUUGCGCGUUUCCUUGAAGGCCGAGACCUCAAGGAGCUGGCACUCAAGGUGACCAACGACCCUGAACACAAGUUUGACCUGGCUCUGCAACUCGACGACUUGGAUCUGGCGCUAGAGAUCGUCCGUUCGAUUCCCGAAAACGAAGCCGAGCAAAAGUGGAAGGCCGUUGGGGAUCGGGCCUUAGCCGUGUGGCGAUUCGAUGUGGCACGCGAAUGUUUCGAGAAGGCAGAUGACCUUAGCGCCUUGAUGCUGCUCUUGCUAUCCAUCGGCGACGCAGACGGUCUUCGCAAACUCGCUGUACGCGCGGAACAGAAGGGGCAAAACAACAUGGCCUUCGCGACGUUGUUCCAGCUCGGGGACGCGGCCGGAUGUGUCGACUUGCUAGGGAAGACGCAGCGCCUGCCGGAAGCAGCACUCUUUGCACGCACAUACGUGCCAAGCAAAGUCCCUGCUGUCGUUGAUGCCUGGCGAGACGAGCUGAAGUCCAAGAACCGGCCUAAAAUCGCGGCUGCCAUCGCAUCGCCGACAGAACAAGCUGAGCUAUUCGAGGAGGGCUGGGAAAAUGCGCUCGCGGGCGAGCAGCAAGGCGGUGCGCCCGCAUUGAACGGCCGCGCGGAGUCGACCGAUGUCGAUACGGAGGAGAGCUGA